AUGCCCUCCCCGCGGCGGUCAGGCCGCACAACCAGCACACCAGCCGAUCGCAACUCGAGAUGGCACAACAAAUUGUCACCCCGCCAGAAGUCGCCCUCUCCCACCAACCUCUCCGACGACACCAUGUACCCCCAGUCGGGUACCCUCAACUCUCCCGAAGAAUCUCGCCAGACACGCAGAGCCACCAGAGCUCAGCACACACACCCCGACGACGUCGAUCAACAGAGCCAACCCAAUGACGCAGACGAUGCCGACGGCGACGAUGAGAUUACCCGUUGCGUCUGUGGCCUACAAGACUACCCAGGUCCACCUUUGACCGACGAUUUUCCUACCAUAACCGAUCCUUCCCAAGCCGAAGAUGCUGGUGGCUUGUUCAUCCAGUGCGACAAGUGCCACGUCUGGCAGCACGGUGGCUGCGUCGGCAUCAUGGACGAGACGAAGAGUCCCGACAACUACUUCUGCGAGCUCUGCGACAAGAAACUACACAAUGUCUUGACCGACCCAAAGGGUGAGUCCUUGUCUCGCACUCCUUUGCCUUCGCCCUUGACUGACACAACCCAGANNCAACGCUACUCGCGCUACCUACCCGUCAUGAAGCCUGAACCCAAGAGCGCCCGGAAAUCCUCCCUUACAAAAGAAACAGAGUCGGCGAAGGCCCGUAGAGAGCAGCGAGAAAGCCAAAAUAGAGCCAGUGUUGAGUCGUCAACAGGCAAGAGGAGAUCUACAAUGAACAGCCGCCAGGCCUAUGACGACGAGGAGACAUUGCGUCGAAUCAUCGAAGAGACCAAAGACGUCGGCGAGUCAACUCCAGCAGUGCGCAAGGGAAAGCGCGGUCGAGACGACAGCGAAGACUCCAGACACGAAAUCAAGCGCCAACGAACGGGUUCGGAAUCGCCCAAUCCUCCAUCAACGUUUAACACUGGCUCGUUGGACGCGGAUUCAGACGACGACGGCACACACCCCAAGUCGAAUAAGAAAGCACGCAGUGCAGCCGCCGAAGUUUUGAGACAAAGAGAAGCUAGAGAACGUGAACGCAUGCGUGAUGAGAAGCGCAAAGAAGCUGCAGGAAGACGAAGCGAAAGAGCUGGACGAAGGAGAGCAGAUGGUACGCUGGACCAAGAUGAUGAGCAUACAAGACCAAUUGGAUUGACUAUUCACGCAGAGUCAGAUCCGCUUGACGACACACCGAGACCAAUGGGUACACUCAAUCUGCCUGCAUCUCAGCCUCCCAGUCCGCCUGCUUCAGCGCCGCCACUGGCCCCAGAAAGCUCACACAAGAAGGGCACGGCCAAGAAGCAGAAACGGCUAGGUCGCAACCAAUACUCGGCAGCAAAAGCCACUUCCAAUCCCACAGAGGCCACUUCAGUCAACCCGAACGCGAGCAGUGGCGAUGAUCCGACGACCAACAGCACGUCCGACUCCAAGAACAGCCCCAGCAGCAACAACGAAACACCCGCCAUAGCCACAUCCGCACCUCCUCCCAAACCAAAACCCGGCAAAUGGGGCGGCCGAGCCAAAAACCCGCGACAAGCCGCCAUCCAAGAAGCCGAAAUCGUCACCAAAGACAAUCGCGAGAACAAGAGUCAAAUGACCAUAACCGACAUGAAGAAACGGACAGGCAUGAUGAUGGACUAUAUCGCAAAAGCACAGGUCGAUAUGGCCGGCGACCGCACACCGCUGAAUGCUCAACUGCAAGCUGAGCAAUCUCCCGACUUUAAGGAGCUCAGUAGUAGGGAGAUGAUGGAUGUCUUGACCAGACACAUCAUGACAUGGCAAAAGGAAUAUGCAGGUGAAGCUGCUACUACCACUACUGCCUCUUCGCUCGUCGCAUGA